AUGAAUGCCAGCACUGAUCUCGAUCUCGGUGACACUACGUACAUCAAGUACUUGCCCGUAGCCCUCAAAGACAAUCUCGUUCAGUUAGAGACCAUACAGAGGGCUGUUUGGAGGAGCUUAUACCUUAGAAUCAGGGUGGGCGAUUUUGAUCCAGUUUCUCUGGUUCCGUACCAGUGGAUCAAUGGCAGUCAGAUAAACACGCCCGAUAGUCAAGCUCUCAAUCUCAAAAUGACUGCUGAAUCUAUCGUUCUUCUCAAGAACACCGGAACACUACCACUGAAAAUCCUCAGCAUCAAAAAGUUGGCUGUGAUCGGGCCAAAUGCUAACGCCUCAACCGCCUUACUUUCAAACUACCAAGGCAUUCCUGCGUUCAUAACAACCGUCUACGAAGGCAUAAAAAGCACCGGCGUACCAGUGGAAUACGCCCCGGGAUGUCCGGAUGUGACCUGUGCUAACAAGAGUAGCUUCAGUCAAGCGCUUGCUGUUGCAGCUGAUGCUGACUUUGUGAUUGCAGUGAUGGGACUAGACGGGACGGUCGAGGGCGAGGGACACGACAGGGUAAACACGACAUGCGACUCGCAACCGGUCGACAACCUAGCUCUCCCCGGCUGCCAAACUGCUCUAGUAGAGGAGAUUAUAGCCAUCAAUCCACGAGUCAUUCUGGUACUCAUAAACGGAGGCCCCGUCAGUAUCCCGACUCUUUACGCCAACAGUGGAGUUCUGGCCAUCCUUGAGGCUUUCUAUCCCGGACCCUUGGGGGGAAAUGCGGUUUCUGAUGUUCUAUUUGGGGAAUACAACCCUGGAGGAAGGCUACCCUACACUGUGCUACAUGACACCACCCAGCUCCCUGUUGCUACCGACUAUAACAUGACCACGCCUCCUGGAAGGACCCAUCGCUACUACACGGGAAAACCUCUGUUUCCAUUCGGCUACGGGCUCUCCUACACGACCUUCAAGUAUUCCGGACUGGUUUUAUCUGCUAGCACAAUAACGGUGUGCGGUACACUGAAUGUAAAGGUGUCUGUUCAGAAUGUUGGGGAUGUUGCAGGAGACGACGUAAUCCAGGUCUAUGUCGAGCCUCCGAGACUGUCGGGAAUGCCGUUUAUCCCCAAUAUUCAGUUGGUUGGUUUUGAGCGAGUCAAUAGUUUGCCAGUGGCUGGAAACUACACGGGGAGCUACGAGGUGAAUGCCUACCUGCUGUCACUGGUGGACAGGGAUGGUGAACACUAUGUGUUCCCGGGGUCGUACAUUGUCAUGGUGACUGACGGUGCCAACAAUAGACUGACUGCUCCCUUCGUCAUCGAAGGCUCUGUGACAAACGUGAAGGAAUGCCCAGGAGCACCUUCUUGUCUUGCCUGUUGA